AUGCCACACGAGGUGACUGCAAUAUCGUCACAAAUUGUCCAAAAAAACAUAGACGCGAUACAAGACAGUAAAGUGAUAACAGCAUGUGCAUGUGGAAUUGUGAGUGGUGCAUUAGGGUUAGUCCACAUUCACGGGUUCAUUUUAAUGGCAGUGAUGUAUUUGAUAAUAUCGGGCUUAUUGUUUAUUCGUGUUCUUCCUAACACAAAAGAGUGGUUCGAGGGUUCCUAUGUUGUCCUUACUGAGGCUUUUUUCCCUUUUAUUAUGUCAUUCAUCUUCAUGUGGACUGUUGCGUACUCUUUGGUUUACAUUUAUUAA